AAGGGCGGUUGGCAUCUUUGAAGCUCACAGCAAACUUGAACCCCCCACUGUUGUGUUAUCGCUUGUUGAGGGAGCUGCAGCGAUCGCCAAACCGUUGACCCCGCGGCGCCCUCGACAGCCGACAAAAUGUCCUUCUUCUUUGGGAGAACACGCACGAGAACAAAUACGGUAGAUCUUGCCAAGCAGGCGCGAGACCAUGUAACAAAGCUCGAGGGGCCGCAAGGGGCCGCAAAGGCCGAAGAACUCGCAAAGGUGCUUUCACAGAUGAAACAGGUGCUACAGGGCACGCAUGAGGCCGAACCAAAUCCCGAGCAGAUUGCCCAAUUGGUGACGGGCAUGAUCGAAGAAGACCUCCUGUACCUCCUCGCCGUGCACCUCCACCGACUGCCGUUCGAGUCUCGAAAGGACACCCAAGUUAUCUUCUCGUACGUCUUCCGCUUCCGGCCGCCAACGGGGCCGCAACGACCCGAGCCGCUCGCCCUGGCCUACGUCGUCGAACGGCGGCCGCAGGUGCUGGUCGAGCUGUGCAGGGGCUACGACCACAAGGAGAGCGCCACGCCCGCGGGGACAGUGCUGAGGGAGGUGCUGAAGAGUGAGGCGGCUGCGGCCAUAAUUCUGUACGACGACGGCGAUGAGCCCGGGUCGAGUUCCCGGGGCGUGGGCGGGAUCAACCCGGACCGGCCACAGAGCGGCCGCGGCGUGUUCUGGAACUUCUUUGACUGGAUUGACAAGAGCUCGUUUGAGGUCAGCGCGGAUGCGUUUACAACCUUCAGGGAACUGAUCACCAAGCACAAAGAGCUGGUCCCACGGUACCUCGCCGUCAACUUCGACCUCUUCUUCGCGCGGUACAACAGCGUGCUGGUGCAGUCCAACAGCUACGUCACCAAGCGCCAGUCGAUCAAGCUGCUCGGUGAGAUCCUGCUGGACCGCGCCAACUACAACAUCAUGACGGCCUACGUCGACAGGGGGGAGCACCUCAAGAUCUGCAUGAACCUGCUGCGUGACGACCGCAAGAUGGUGCAGUACGAGGGCUUCCACGUUUUCAAGGUGUUCGUGGCGAACCCGCACAAGUCAUUGCCCGUGCAGAAGAUCCUGAUUAUGAACCGGGACAAGCUCCUGCACUUCCUGUCGCACUUCCUGGAGGACCGCACCGAGGACGAGCAGUUCAUUGAUGAGAGGGAGUUUCUGAUCAAGCAGAUCCGGAAUAUGCCGCCCGCUCCCGUGCCACCUCAGCGGUAGGGCCGGUGGUAAGCAGAUAAGGGGUUUUUUUUUCUACUGCUGUGUGGCUUGUGAGAGAGAAGGCGUCGGGCGUAAUGACAAACCAGGGCUAGCUAGGUGUUUCAUGAUGCAUGAUGAGCAUUGCGUGGUAAUAGGGUAAAUAUUCAAUACUACUGCUUUUGAUGACAGAUGUUG